GAAAGCGGGAGGAUUGUGCGCCGAACCGCGGGGGACGGUGAAUAAAUACGCGUGCAGCGAAGACUUACCUAGCAUUUCUUUUUUCACACAUAUUCUCAGUUGGUCGCAGUUUCAGCAUAGCAGGAUGCCGGAACCAGCCAAAUCCGUGCCUGUUCCGAAGAAGGGCUCCAAGAAGGCCAUCACCAAGACCCAGAAGAAGGGCGACAAGAAGCGCAAGAAGAGCCGCAAGGAGAGCUACUCCAUCUACGUCUACAAGGUGCUCAAGCAGGUCCACCCGGACACGGGCAUCUCGUCCAAGGCCAUGAGCAUCAUGAACUCCUUCGUCAACGACAUCUUCGAGCGCAUCGCGGCCGAGGCUUCCCGCCUGGCGCACUACAACAAGCGCUCCACCAUCACCUCCCGGGAGAUCCAGACCGCCGUCCGACUCCUGCUGCCCGGAGAGCUCGCCAAGCACGCCGUCUCCGAGGGCACCAAGGCCGUCACCAAGUACACCAGCUCCAAGUAAUUCCUUAUUCUUGGCACAGCAGCUUUUUUAAACAAACCAACGGCUCUUUUCAGAGCCACCCACUUUCUCUGCAAAAGAGCUAAAUUUGCUAGAAAAACUGCGCGUGAGCUUUAUGUAAGAGGCUUUACUUGUGUGUUAACUGCCUUUUGGAAAUAAAUGCUGGUUAGUUUA